CAUUUAGGUUGGCAUUACUGUAAAUGACAAAGUAGGACAGAGUGCAUAGAAUUCAAAAAGACAAAAUUUUGCGGGCAGUGAUCUUCGUUGCGGACCGAUAUUCAACAAGCUAAGGAAAAAUGUCAUCCAAAGGACGUGGUAGUUUUCUAAGCCUUUUAGAACAAACAGCUUUGUCAACGGAAUCAUCCAGCGAUGCCCUAUCCGGUAAAUCAACAAAAGACAGUGGCUUGGGAUCAAAUUCACCAAUUUCUUUGGGAGAAUAUCGGCGCUUGGGUAGAGGAAAAUUGAUUGAUGAGCUGGCGUCAUCAUGCUCGAAUUUGUCUUUAGGCGGUCGUGGCCGCAGUAAAUUCCUCGAAGAUACGCAGUCGCUAACGGGAUCUUUAAAUGUUACGGGUGGUGGUGGUGGGGGUGGCAGUAGCAUUGGCGGAGGCAGUAGCGGUGGGAGUGGUAGAGGUCGUGCCUUGUUAUUUCAGAAGUUACAACAACUUGAGACCACUGGAAUAACAACAACUUCUGAAGAGGUAGAACAACCAGAAGUUCAAAGUCAUGGUAAUACUACUUUGGCUACGUCGGAAGAAAAGGACCCCACUGGCGCCAGAGAAACAGAUGUAUCAACAUUUUUCAAAAGCGUUAAGACAACACAUGGCAGCAAGGGACAUCCCGUUAGAUUGGCUUGCAAUUACAUACGCUUGCAUUCAGAUCCCGACAAAGGAGUGUUUGUGUACGAGGUACGUUUUACACCGAAUGUUGAUUCAACACAUUUGCGCAUGAAAUAUUUGAAUGAACAUCGUGACAAAUUUGGCGGAGUUAAGACUUUUGAUGGCGUAACUCUCUACUUGCCCAUACUAUUACCAAAUAAAUUGACUACAUAUGUUUCGAAGAGUGCAGCGGAUAAUUCUGAAAUUGAAAUACGCGUCAUGUUCAAGCGUAAGGAGACGCUGAAGAACUGUAUUCAUCUAUACAACGUCCUGUUCGACCGAGUGAUGAAAACUUUGAAUUAUGUACGCUUUGAUAGGAAGCAAUUUGAUCCUACCUCACCCAAGAUUAUACCGCAACAAAAAUUAGAAGUUUGGCCCGGAUAUGUAACGGCUGUGGACGAGUAUGAGGGUGGUCUUAUGUUGUGUUGUGAUGUCUCGCACAGACUUUUGUGUCAAAAGACCGUACUCGAUAUGAUGAUUGAUAUUCAUAAAAGUAAUCCGUCCUGUUUCCAAGAGUCCGUCAAGAAGUCGUUGUUGGGGAGCGUUGUAAUAACUCGCUACAACAAUCGAACAUAUCGAAUUGAUGAUAUAUGUUUCGAUAAGAAUCCUAUGUCCACAUUCCCCACUAAGGAGGGAAAUAUAUCAUACUAUGAUUACUACAUAAAGCAUCACAAUAUCAAUAUAAAGGACAAGAGUCAGCCGUUGCUGUUAAGCAUAAAGAAACAACGUCAUGCCAAUAGUGACCAAAGUGAGGACAUUGUUUUCUGUUUGGUACCAGAAAUUUGCUUCCUGACUGGCCUCCGUGAUGAAAUGCGUUCGGAUUUCAGACUGAUGCGUGAAAUUGCCACAUUUACUCGUAUUUCGCCAAAUCAACGUUUGCAAGCAUUGGAAAAAUUCUACACCAAUAUAAAUAAUUCACCCGAAGCCAGACAAAUACUCAAAGAUUGGGGUCUGUCCCUUAAGCAAUCAUAUGAGACUGUAGCAGGUCGGCUCUUCGAAGAAGAAAAAAUAUAUUUUAAAAACAAGGUAUUUGGUGCUGGGGCCAACGCCGAUUUCAGCAAAUAUGCAACAAGCAAUGAACUGUUGGAUGUCAUCAACAUAAAUAAUUGGGUCCUGCUCCAUUGUAGAAAUGAUGACAAAGUUGUUCAAUCUUUUCUAGAUCAUGUGGAGAAGUGUACACGAUCCUUUGGCAUGAAGGUGUUAAAACCGAAAGUUGUAGUUCUACCCAGCGAUCGUGUAGAUGCAUUCGUUAAUGGUCUCAGAGAGAACAUUAAGAAGGAAACACAAAUAGUGGUCUGCAUAUCGCCGACCAAUCGUGAGGAUCGUUAUUCAGCCAUUAAGAAAAUUUGCUGUGCGGAAAUACCCGUACCGUCUCAAGUAAUAAAUGCUCGGACCCUGAGUAAUGAGGCCAAAAAUCGUUCGAUUGUACAAAAAAUUAUAUUGCAAAUGAAUUGUAAACUUGGUGGCUCAUUGUGGUCUGUGAAAAUUCCCUUCCGCAAUGUAAUGAUAUGUGGCAUUGAUUCGUAUCAUGAUGCUGCCCAGAAGGGAAAUUCCGUUGCUGCAUUUGUGGCCUCCCUGAACGAAACCUAUUCGAAAUGGUAUAGCAAGGCUGUUAUUCAGACCAAAAGGGAAGAAAUUGUAAGUGGCCUGUGUUCUUCAUUUAUAUCGGCCCUAUCGGCGUACCACAAAGAGAAUGGUGUGUAUCCGGAUAACGUUAUCAUAUAUCGUGACGGUGUUGGUGAUGGCCAGUUGUCAUUAUGUGAAAACUAUGAAAUUCCCCAAUUCGAACAAGCCAGCAUGAAAAUAUUGAAACAUCCCAUCAAAAUUACUUUUAUUGUUACACAGAAACGUAUCAAUACCCGUUACUUUUCCGCAAAUGGUGGCAGUAACAUACAAAAUCCUGCACCUGGCACAGUCGUGGAUUCGAACAUUACCCGAUCGAAUUACUACGAUUUCUUUUUGGUUUCACAGGCAGUUCGCCAGGGUACUGUUUCACCCAGCCAUUAUAUUGUGUUACGUGACGAUGCCUCCUACAGUCCGGAUAUUCUGCAGCGCUUGAGCUAUAAGCUAUGUUUCAUGUAUUAUAAUUGGCCCGGUACCAUACGUAUACCAGCAUGCUGUCAGUAUGCCCACAAAAUGGCAUAUCUAGUUGGUCAGAAUAUACGCCGAGCUCCAGCUGAAGAAUUAUCGAAUAAGUUGUUCUAUCUAUAAACUAAUCAAAGUUUGUUAUUAAAAUUGAAUUGUUUUUUGUGUUCUCUCUUUUUUACGUAUUCAACAAAUUUCUCAUUUUUUCUUUUAUUUUUACUAACUUACAUGGAAAUCAGUACAAAAUCGUAUAUUUAUGAAAUAUAUGAUCCUAGUUGCCCUAAGCACCCACGACUUAAUUUUAGUGUUUGCAAUGAAAUGAAUUAAAUAAAUAUACCAAAUACUAGUUUUGUUUACUUUUUAUAAAUACAA